ACAACGUUUACAAAAAUGUUAACAAACACGAAUUUGUUUAAUUUAGACGUAACAGGUGAGAAGAUGUUCAUAGAGGAAGAAGAAGUCGAAGAACAGGUAGUAGAAGUGAAGCCUAAAGAGAAACCCAAGAAGAAGAAGACCGAAUUGAAGAAAGCCAAGGAAGUGAAAGAGAAGGUUAAAACCGAACGCGUGAAAGUGGACAAGAAAGAAGUGCGCAAAGAGAAGCUGGUUCCUAAAGAACAACCAGAUGAAAAGAAAAUUGUUGACAUCGAAGAAACACAGAUAUUGGAAACGACGGAAGUGAUUGAAGAGAAACCAACUGAGGUGUCGCAGGCAAAGAAGGUAGUACCCAUCCAAGAACCAGUAAUGACGGAGGCAACCGCCUCCCUCAAGAAGAUCGACGACGAAAAACCGCGCGAAAUGGCGCCGCGUCCCGAAGAGCGUGCCAAGCGCGUGAUCGAGGAACGCGAAGGAAUAGUGGUCGUCUCCGAAGUGACCACCGAGGACAUGGCUCCCGACUUCACGGUGCAAUCCAUAGUAGACCGUGCGCAAGUAACAUCAGAGACCCUACAAACAAUCUCCGUGUCCGAAGUGCACACAGAGACCAGCGUGCAAGAAGUAAGACGAGCGGAAGCACGUCAAAGAAAGGCGAAGAAGACGGUGGUGACCGAAGAAGAAAUAUUCGAGGAGCGACCAAGAGAAGUGGUCACCGAAGAGAAACCUAAAAAGAAGAAGAAGGCAGAGAAGAAGGUCCGAGAAGAAAUCACCAUCGAGGAGAUCGUGGAGAGACAGAGAGAGAACAUCGCCAGAGAGGUGGAGGAGAUUAUGGAGAUGUUGCACGCCAAGGAAUUCGGACCUGGAGAGGCUCCUCUUCGGGAACUGGCCACGAUCGGUUACCUGGUUCGCCAAGGUGUCACCGUGAAUGAAAUCAACGAGAGUCUUUAUAGAACUGAAAACUUCCCUGCGUUGAAAACGCCGGAGGCGCAGAAUGCGCUCGUUCAGUUGGUCGAGAGGGAGGGUCAUGGACCUCUUAUCACUCAGGUGCUAACCGAAGAGACGACCACCGAUGAAAGCGUCGUCGCUGCGACCGUUGGUUUCCGCGCGUUCAUGAGGAUGAUCGAACUGCAACAUGUUACCGUUGAGGAGGUGCUCACGCACUUUGCUCCGGAGGACUUCCGGCCACGUGCUUGGGAGGUUACUGAAGCCACCGAAGUCGAAACGGAAGAGCGCGUUACAGAACGAGUAGAUGUCAUUCACAAGACGGAAGUGCACUUCUUGGGUAAGUCAAGAUUGAUGCGUGAGGUUUGCUCCUAAAAAACAGAAUCCUCGGACAAGGCAACAUAACAGGACCGUUGCAGAUUCUCUAGACUCUAAACAUCGUGUUAUUUUGGUGUGUGCUUGCGUGGCUGCAAAAAAUACUUUGUACAGUUUUUUUUUAAUCCCAUUUAUUUUGUAAAUAAUUUCAAGGCUUCGCAAAUUAGACCUAAACUACGCAUGAGUUUUCUUUCCUGUAUAUAAAUAUCGCGACGAAGUUUUCGCUUUCCGACAUUUUGUAUUUUGUAUAUUGUACAUUUUGAUUGUAUCGAAUAAAAGUGAUUUUUUGUUUGUUUUUUUUUUCUAAG